AUGUCAGGGUCUGCGCAACCAAUAGAGCUCAUGUUAGAAAGAAAUCUUAAAAAAGAAGUCGAUCAGAACAAAUGUUUACCUUUGCGUGGCCACCGUGAUGAUGCUAAAUAUCAUCCAGAGGUUGCUGAUGAGGCUGCAGAUUCUUCCCAUAGAGAGCAAAUGGCUCUAAUUUUACGUUUUAUUGACAAGAAUAUGGACAUAAGAGAGGAGUUCAUUGCCUUUCUUCAAUGUAAGUGGGGAUUGAGUGGAGAGAACCUUGCUAAAUUAAUUCUAGAUAAACUUAAAGACCUUGGCUUGCCAAUUGAAGACUGUCGCGGACAAGGUUAUGAUGGUGCGGGUGCUGUUGCAGGUUGUGUUAAAGAUAUUGAGGUUAAGAAAGUACUUAACAAAAUAAAAGAUGUGACAAAUUUUAUCAAUAUUUCUCAAACACGCAAUAUACCGUUUGAGGAGACUGUACGCAAUAGUUUAGAAACGGACUCAAAAAAGACUAGAUUGCCAGAUGUUUGUAGAACCAGAUGGGUAGAACGAGUUAAAGGUUUAUACACUUUCGAAGAAUUGUUUGUUCAAAUUUUUGACACACUGGAUAACAUGGCAAAAGGUGGCAGUCCCUCUCUCGCUGCUGAUGCAUCCUCUUUGCUUGAAGGUCUUUCUGAGUUUCAUUUUAUCGCCCUCUUGCUUUUGCAAGGAAAGAGUAUUGAUGUUAUGGACGGGAUUGAGUUGAUCUCUUCUUUGAAAAGCAGUGUUGCACAUGUGAGGAAUUCUAUUGCUUCAUAUCAUGAUCAAUGGUACGACAUUGCUUUGACGUUAGCGGCAAAGUUAGGUUUAGAUGCAGAGUUGUUAUUAUGGCAAUCCUUCUGGGAACAUCGUAAAGGUCCUUAUCCAUGUAAUGUAGCUACAACUUUAAAAGCUAUAAAUUUUGAUGGUUUUCAAAACAUAAAGGUCAUACUUCAAAUAUUAGGAACCCUUCCCAUAACUUCAUGCGAAUGUGAACGUUCGAUUUCAGCGCUGCGAAUUCUUAAAGAUUAUAAGCGGAGUACUAUGGUUGAGGAAGGGUUAAAUGGUCUUGCUCUAAUGAAAAUUCAUCAGGAAAUUCUUCCAGAUGUGCAACGCGUAAUUGAUAAAUUUUCUGUUGGCAACACUAGAUUUAAAUUUAAUUGA